CAGUUGGCUGCCACCUUCCGCCGGAGGUGGACGCGGCGCCAGUGUGCACUGUGGUGGGUGCUGUGCGGUGCCGUGGUGUGCAGGUGCGCGGAGUGACGGUCAGUGCGCUCCAUGAGGGCUGCUGUGGUAGUGGGUGCGCUGGUCGGGGCGCUGGCGGCCGCGACGCUGCGCGCGGCCGAGGGCAAGCCUGCAGGGGGCGGUCGGGCGGACCACCUGUACAUCGACGGCGAAACGCAAAACUACCUGAUGCGCUACGGCUACCUGCCUCAGUCGGACAAGGAGACGGGCAACCUGCGCACCGAGGAGCAGCUCCGAGACGCGCUGCGCGAACUGCAGAGGUACGGCCACAUUCCGGUGACGGGCGAGCUGGACGAGGAGACGCGCCGGCUGCUGCAGAGGCCGCGCUGCGCCGUAGCCGACGUGCCGUACCGGGAGCAGACGCUGCGCUGGGGCCGCCGCAAGCACCGACACAAGCGCUACUCGCUGCAGGGCAACGUGUGGCCCACCACCAACCUCACCUGGAGUUUGCGGACGAUGGAGCCGCGAGACCUGGACCCCGGCAUGGUGCGCUACCAGCUGGACAGGGCGCUCCGCAUCUGGUCCGACAACUCGCGGCUCACCUUCCGGGAGGUCAACAGCGACCGCGCCGACAUCCUCGUCUACUUCCACCGGUUGUACCACGGGGACGGUUUCCCUUUCGACGGGCGAGGGCAGAUCCUCGCUCACGCCUUCUUCCCGGGAGAAGGGAGAGGAGGAGACGCUCAUUUCGACGAGGAUGAGAUCUGGCUGCUCGGCGAAGAAGACGCUUCGGGACAAGGGACGAGCCUGUUCGCGGUGGCUGCCCACGAGUUCGGCCACUCGCUGGGGCUGCAGCACUCGUCGGUGAAGGGCGCGCUGAUGUACCCCUGGUACCAGGGGCUGUCGCCCAACUACAAGCUGCCCGACGACGACCGCGUCGCCAUCCAGCAGCUCUACGGUGCAAAAGAGCGGCUGUGGGCCAAGAUACCAACAUAUCCGUAUGACCGUGAUCGGGAUCGUGGGGCAUGGCCUACCCCACACCCCACAGCGCCGCCAACACAGCCGCCGCCGCCGCCGCCGCCACCCCCACCGCCCCCAACACAGCCACCCACACCGCCCCCGACGCCACCACCCACGCGUCCAACGCGGCCUCCUUGGAGACCGCCGAAGCCGCCCAAGCACGACAAGCCGCGUCAUCGCCAACCACCGCCUCCACCGCCUCCGCCGCCUACGUACCGCCCCCGCACGCGGCCACCACCCCCCACACUCCCACCGCCGCGGCCAUCGCCUGCCGAACCGCGAACGGAAAGGCCCCAAGAAGUCAAGCCAGAUACGUGCAACACCAACUAUGAUGCCAUCUCAGUCAUUCGCAGGGAGGUGUUCAUCUUCAAGGACAAGUAUUUCUGGAGAAUUGGUGACAGAGGACUUGAGGAAGGUUAUCCAGCAGAAAUUCAGAGAUUUUGGUACAGCCUGCCAAGGAACUUCACCCAUGUGGAUGCUGUAUAUGAGAGGCUUGACAAGAAAAUUGUUUUCUUCAUUGGAAGGCAGUACUUUGUAUAUGAUGCAAACACACUAAUGCAUGGCUACCCAAGGCCUUUAACAGAUCUUGGUCUGCCAGAAACUUUGGACAGGGUGGAUGCUGCAAUGGUUUGGGGACACAAUAAGAAAACUUACUUUUACAGUGGCACCAUGUAUUGGAGAUUUGAUGAAGAUGUUGGCAAGGUGGAACUUGACUACCCAAGGGACAUGUCAAUGUGGCGUGGUGUUGGCUACAAUGUGGAUGCUGUUUUCCAGUGGAAAGAUGGAAAGACAUACUUCUUUAAAGGAAAAGGUUUCUGGAAGUUCAACGACCAAUAUAUGCGUGUGGAGAGUGAGAAGCCAAUGCAGUCAUCAGUAUUCUGGAUGGGCUGCCCACCAGGCAUUGAGGGUGAAGUUACAGGCUCAGGUGGAGAGACAAAUGAAAUAGAUGAGACGAACCAUCAUGCAGAAGCAGAAGUUGGUUCUGAAGCAACAAGCUUUUUUAAUGGCUCUAUUACAGUUCUUUUAACAAUAGCCCUCCUGUGUUUUCAAGUAUUGUGAGACUCCUCUUGUCAGGGUAAACUUUUCUAUGUGCAAAAUAGCCUCACUCCUACACUUCAGGGAACAGUGAUGUCUCCAAAAGUAUAAGUUUAAAACUAUGUAAGGACAUGUAGUGAUUUGUUUUUCAUUUUGGGAAACUUCAGAACCACAUUUUUAUUACUUACUAGAGCAUCCACAUCACAAUUAAUUACUCUGAAUUGUAAUAACUGUAAUUUGUAACACCCAUAAACUGCCAAUAUCAAAAAAGUGCAUGGAGUGAGUUAAUUUAUAAGUACUGUUCUUGCUGUCAUGUUUGUGGUUCAUCUUGGAAUUCAAAAUCUUGUGUGUGGGAGAGAACUGCUGACAUAUUGUAUAAAGAAAUGACAGCAUUAUUUUACAAAUAUGAAAGAUCUCUGACAUUUCACAUUCUGCGAAAUGUAUUCACCCAUUUGCUGAUGUCUACAUUAGAUGUCAAAUGGGAGCAUGUAAAAAUUGUACUAAAAUUUUUUAGUGGAGAUAAGCAGCAUCCAUUUAUAUUUUCAUGUUGCAAGAUUGUAAAUAAAAUUGUACUUUAAAGAUGUACAUUUGGGGUGCUAAGGCUGGCUUUACACCUUACUAUGUGUGUUUUCUUGGAAUUUCAGUGUAAUACAGUUGUGUUUUAUUAUUAUUAUGCCAUCUGUUUAAAACAAAAGUGACUGAUCGAAUUAUGGACCAUAGCUUGUUCCAGAAGUUGUGAAAGAAAAUACUACAAACAGAUAUAACACACUUUCAUUUAUAAAACAUUCCCUAUCCACAAACAUGUCCAACUACUUUUGUAUAUAUCUGUAGUUGGUUAAAAAUGUAUGCUGAUAAUUCUAACAGGGUUGGUGGAGCAGUCUACCAACAGCAUUUAUUUCCCUCUCACAGUAUUUUCAUAUUGUGUGUGCCUGGGAACUCUAUGCAGUGAAAACAUUAGUGAAUAUGUCUGCAUAUCAUAAUUCUCAGAAGUAACUAAAUUACAUUUCACUGUGAGUAAUGACCUCUUGAUUGCCAUAUCUCAUAUAGACAUCAAUUUAUUACCCUGAAAACCAAGACACUUAUCAUAAAUGAUUCACUGCCAUUUUUGUCUAUGUGUAUGAAUGAGACAGUAGCAUUCUUAUUUAUUAAUAAGUUCUUAAGUUAGAUUACAAGUUUUAACUGAGCUAGAUGGCAAUUCUCACUGCAUAGAAUGAAAACUGUUGCUCAACCAGUUAUUAGUGCUCCACUCAAAUUAUCCACUGAAAGUCAUAGUUGAAAAUUCUUGAUGUUAAGAGAAUAAAUAUUUUUUGUUCAAAGUGAGAUUCAAUCUGUACUAUAAUAAUGUAAAAUAAAUAAGAUAUCCUCUCAUAUUGUCAAUAAAUUAGUUAUAGUUCUAGAUUUAGCUAUGUGCUCACGAGUGAUUCAUACAUUUCCUGUCAGUUGCAAAAUAGGUUACUUACUUGUUUCAACAAUGUCUCAGAAUCCAGUGUCGUAUUCAUUUCAUUUGUAUGAAGCAAUAAGUAACGUAUUUUUGAUCAGGAAAAGUAUUCUUCAAAAUGUGGUGCAAUUUAUGUCUUUGACCAUGUGGUAUUUUGCUAAACUUAAUUUCUUUGUCUAAACCUACAGACUAGAUGUGUAAAACAGGCCUUUGUUUAUAGUCACUCAUUUUACUGGAAACUGUUUUUUACAUGCCAGCACAGUGAAGACUGUUUUAACUUUCUCUCAUACGGACACCGAUUUCAGUGAAAAAUAUUUGAAAAGAGCACUCAUAACUGUAACAGUAUUUAAAAAUUGGAAAGAAGCUGAAAUAAUCGUAGGAAAAAUUUGUAUAUGCAUUUUAUUCUUGAGACAGAAUCAUUUGUGCCUUAAGCUUUUACACAAUUUGCUGUUUUUCCAGCCUAUUUUUUAUGUAAGAAACAGAAAAAAGUAAGAGCAGAUAUUCCAUGCUUUUGAUCACUUACAGAAAGACUGAGAUGUAUAUUUAUUUAUUGCUAAACUCUUUACAAUUUUAAAAUUUUUAAUAAAUGUUAUUUUGUGAAUAAACUGUUAAGAGUAUUACUUGUAAAAUGUUUUAACCACGAAAGCUAUUUAACAAGCUUAUUUGAAUUAAGUGGUUAAAAAUGUUGGCACUAUAUUAUGGAUGAAAUUGUUAAACUGGAUAGCACGUUAAGACCAUUAUUGAAUUUAUAAACUUCUGAAGUCAAGUAGAAUGCCUUUAUGUGUAAGAGAAAUGAAGAAGACAAAGAUGAUAAUAUAUAAAAUUUACAGGCAUUCUCUUCAUUCUUAUAUUUUACAAUGGAAUACUAAAAGAGGGAAAUUAACUUCCUCUUAAGGAGAGGGAAAUGAGUUUCUGAAGACAGUCUUAUUUGGUUCAUGCUUUUUCAGAAUCACCUACCAGUUUGUGCUUAUAUCUCUAAUGACUGUAUUCCAUUUGGAUUUAUAGCAAUUAGAACUACUUGGCUGUACAAAAUGUUCUGUGUAAAUCUGAAAUCAGUGCCAUAAAAAAAAAUUCGACUUUGCAUGUGGGUAAACGAAACAUAUUAACUAAAUAUGUGCCAUUUUUGUCUCAUGAAAAACUGUUUGUUUCCAGUUUCAAUAAUAUACAUGAUCAUUUUUACACAAGAGAAUUAAUUAUAUUGGCUGUGUGUAAAUGGAAAGAUUGUAACUAUUUAGUUUGUAAUUACUGUGAUAUUUAUUAUUUUAUGGAAGUGUAAAAACUGUAUUUAAAGAUGUGCAUAUUUCAGAACCUGAAUAAACUGAAACCUGUUAUGAA